AUGAUUUCUUCUAGUACUUGGGUCCCAAGAGGUUUCGCUGCAGAAUUCCCAGAAAAAUAUGAAUUAGAUGAUGAAGAAAUGGAAAGAAUCAAUGCUAUGGCUAAUUUAGAAAUUAAUGAUGCCAAAGAGCAAUUAGCAGAAAUAGAAGCUGAAGCUGAAGCAGAAAAGACUUCAAAGACUUCAAAAUUAGCAGAACAAAUUGAACUUGAUGAUGAUUUAAAAGAAUAUGAUUUAGAAAAUUAUGAUAAUGAUGGAAAUGAUGAUGAUAAUAAUUUACAAGAUACAAAAAUUACCAUGUUCCCGGGUUUAUCAAAUACUGAUGCUAAAUUAUUACAAGAUGAAAGCGGAGAAGGUGAUAAAUAUUUAUCUUUACCAACUGAACUAGAUGAACAAGAAGAAAAGAAAGAAAAUCAAAUUUAUCCAACUGAUAAUUUGGUUUUAGCUACAAGAACUGAAGAUGAUAUUUCAUGGUUAGACAUUUAUAUUUAUGAUGAUGGUGCUGGUGCUCCAAUUGGUGCUGAAGAGGAAGAAGAGGAUAAACAAGACGUUGAUGUUGCCAAUGGUAUGAUCAGAGAAUCAAACUUGUAUGUCCACCAUGAUAUUAUGUUACCUGCCUUCCCAUUGUGUGUUGAAUGGAUUAAUUAUAAACCUGGUCAAGAAUCAUCCGACAAUACUACAAAUAUUGGCAACUUUGCUGCAAUUGGUACAUUUGACCCUCAAAUUGAAGUUUGGAAUUUGGAUUUUGUUGAUAAGGCAUUCCCUGAUAUUAUUUUGGGAGAACCAAAUAAGAAUUCAUUCAUUGCUAAAAAAAAUAAAAAGUCCAAGAAAAAGAAAGGAACUCAACAUAUUACUACUCAUCAUGUUGAUGCAGUUUUAUCCUUGUCGCAUAAUAAAAUUCAUAGAUCAAUAUUGGCCUCAACAUCUGCUGAUAAAACUGUGAAAUUAUGGGAUUUGAAUAGUGGUACUGCUGUUUGUUCCUUUGACAAAAUUCAUCAUAAUAAAACUGUUUCUUCUUCUCAAUGGCAUUCGCAAGAAGCAUCUAUUUUAUUGACUGGUGGGUAUGAUUCUACUGCUGCUGUCACUGAUGUAAGAAUAUCUGCAUCAGAAAGUUCAUCAUCAGAUUCCUCAAAACAUUAUUCAGUGGUUGCUGGAGAAGAAGUUGAAAAUGUCAGAUGGGAUCUCUCAAAACCAGAAUUAUUUUAUGCUGGUACUGAUAAUGGUAAUAUCUAUAGUUUUGAUAUCAGACAGGAUUCCAAACCAUUAUGGACUUUACACGCUCAUGAUGCUGGUAUUUCUUCAUUGGAUGUUAAUAAUUAUAUUCCCGGGAUGUUGAUUACCAGUGCCAUGGGUGAGAAAGUAGUCAAACUUUGGAAAUGUCCCUCUUCUUCUGACGAUAAUACCAAUAACAAACAAGGACCUUCUAUGGUAUUAUCUAGAGAUUUUGGUGUUGGCAACGUGUUAACCACAAGUUAUGCUCCUGAUAUUGAAGUUGCUGGUAAUGUUGUUAUUGGUGGUAUAACGGGUGGUUUAAAGAUGUGGGAUGCAUUUAGUAAUAGCUCAGUUAGAAAUGGGUUUAGAGAAGAAUUGAAAGUAUUACAAAGUAAUGCUAGACAAGAGGCAAAGAAAAAUGGACGUGCUUCGAGAAUUGCUAGAAAAUAUAACAGCAAUAACAAUAAAGAAGAAAUUAUGACUGUUGAAGCUGGUGGUUUGAAAGAUGAGUCAGACUCUGAUAGUGAUGAAGGUGAAGAUGUACCUAUAGAAAUGCAAGAAGAAGAAGAAGAAGACGAUGAUAUGUCAGACGAUGAUUUAUGA